AUGGCUUUUGAUAACCUCGCUAUUGCAAUUGGUCUUUUCGCGUCUAUUAUGGCUACAUGGAAACCUGAUUCAGUUUUCACAUAUGGUUAUGGUCGCGUUGAAACUCUUAGUGGCUUCGCUAACGGGGUACUCCUCGUCUUGAUAUCCCUAUUCAUUAUAUUUGAGAGUAUCGAAAGAAUCAUCAAUCCACCUGAAAUGGAAGUCUCACAGCUAAUGAUGGUUAGUAUUGGUGGCUUGUUGGUCAACCUUUUUGGUAUGUUUGCAAUGGGUGGUCACCACCAUCACCACGGACACAGUCAUUGCUCCCAUUCACAUGCUCCUGAGUACAACCACUCUCACUCACACUCACCAAGUCCAAUGGAAAGUAAAACAUCCGCUUUAUCCAGAGACGAUACCCUAGAUGAGCAUGACCAUGGGCAUUCUCAUUCUCAUGGACAUUCUCAUUCUCAUGGGCACGAUCACUCUCAUGAUCACUCCCACUCCCACUCAAAUUCCCACAACAUGCGAGGCGUCUUCCUGCACAUCCUCGCCGAUACCAUGGGAUCAGUUGGUGUAGUAACAAGCACGCUGAUGAUCCAAUACUGGGGAUGGACAGGUUUCGAUCCAAUAGCAUCACUGCUAAUCGCAGGGCUAAUUAUCGCGUCUGUCGUGCCUUUAGUUAUCGAUUGCGCCAAAAUAUUGAGUCUAGAUGUCGGCGAGGCGCACGAAGCCAAUAUAAAAAAGACGCUGAUAGAGCUUCUUAACAUUGAAGGACUUGAUUCGUACGACAACGCACGGUUCUGGCCUCAAGACGACUCGAGCCUGAUGGGGGCGAUACAUAUCAGAAUAUCAUCGUACAGCGAGUCAUUCGACCACGCACAUCGACAAGCAAAGAAGCAUAGUAGCAUCGACACAGUGGUGGAUAGGGUGGAGUGGAAGUUGACGAGCGGUAUACCUGGACUGAAGGAUGUAGCCAUACAAGUGGAGCCCAGCCUGUAA